UAGAACAAGAGUGUUGGCAAUGCAUUGAAAUUUCUGCUUUCUGAUUAAGCAAACUCAGACAGCACUGCAGCAAAAGCAAUACUCUCUCUCUAUGUCCCUUUCUUCUCCUCCAUCACCGCCUUCCACACGCUAUAUAAAUACCAUAAACCCCACACUUCUCUUUGGCUUACUCGAUUCCAUUUUCAAAACCUGCCUCACUCUUCUCUCUCGAUUCGCUCCGCCAUGGCCGAUAGCCUCGCCGUCCUCGCCGAGGCUCUUCUGCCAUCCUCCUCCGCGGACGAGUUUCUCCAGAGGCUCCGCUCCGAUGAUGCCGUCCGGUCAGGUCUCACAGCCUUCUGCUCCGUCCUCCGCGGCGGCCUCCAAUCCUCCGAUGACGGAACCUUGCGCUUCCUCUCGUGGAACGACGCGCAGAUUCACGCGAUUUCCUCUCUCGCCUGUGCAAUCGCUUCCGCUUCUCGAUCUUUGUCAGUAGAGCAAGCGGAGGGCGUGCUGGUUGCGAUUGUGCAACAGUCUAUAGAAUUUGUUCUUUGCUAUUUGGAGAAAUCUGGAUUCGAUAGUGAUGAUCUAGGAAUUCAGAACAACAUGAUACAUCUUUUAGAGAUGGCUUUGGUUGAUGGAAUAAAUAUGGUAGCAGACAUGUUGCAACCUACAACUGCUAGUGCCUUGGUAGAUAUGUUGCCGAUGGUUGAUGAUUGUUGUGGUACUUUUGUGGACGACUACAAAAAAUGCCAUCUUGAAGGCUUCAGAUGCUCAAAAGAAAGAAAAUCAAUGGACUGGCUUCUAAAGACUUUGGCAUCUGAACGGGUGCCUCAUGAUAGGCAAGAAUCUGGAUUCAUUGAACAGACAUAUUAUCAAUAUCUUAAUAAUUUUGUCUUUCUAUCCCAGCACUGGGCCAUUGUCCAUGGAAAAUGCACUUCACGCUUGAUCUUGCUAUGCAAUAAGCUAGCUAAAGUAAAAGAUAUAUUUGAUGAGCGGGCAGUGAGUCAAAAUUUUCGAAGGAGACUGUCAUUCAUUCUGAGGAUCUUAAAGAUACUUGGAAGUCUUUUGAAGGAUGUUCCAUAUGUUGAAUAUGAUGCUUCAUUGAUGACAGCAGUUGCCACAUUUUCUGAUACUCUGUCUAAUUUGUUUAGAAUUAAAUUUGAGUUUGUAAAUACCUAUGCUACUACCGAGGGAAGUUUUGACAGCAUUAUUUUAAUGGUUCUAGAAGAAUUUCUUCAAAGUGUUCAGGUUAUUUUUGGUAAUAGCAAUGUUACUCAGAAUAUCCAAACAUGUAUUAUAGCAACUAUAUUGGAGAAUUUGGAUUCUUCUGUAUGGACAUAUGACAAAUCUGCUCAAAAUUUGAAGCCCCCUUUAGCUUACUUCCCCCGAUUUGUUGUUUAUACACUGAAACUUGUUAAUGAUCUGAAAAGACAGAAGCAUCUGAUUCCUCUUGACUGGAAAGACUUUGAUGUGGAACUUGGCAGUUGUACUGACUCACAGAAUGGUUCUCCUUCGUGCCUUGUUCAUCAGGAGUCUGUUCCUUUGCUGAAGGGAUAUGCUUUUGAAGAGCUUCUAAAAAUGAUAUUUCCUGUGUCAAGCCAGUGGGUUGCCAAUCUGAUGCAACUUGCUUUGUUCCUUCAUUCUGAAGGACUGAAAUUAAGGCCAAAAAUGGAAAGGUCCCAAUCUAGUCUGGCAAAAGUUGCUGGAACAUCUGAAGUUGAAAAUGCAGUAUGCCAUGAGGAUGAGGCUCUUUUUGGAGAUCUUUUUUCGGAGACUGGGCGCUCUGUUGGAUCCACGGAUGGAUGUGAACAACCACCUGUUGCUUCUUUAGUUUCUAGUUCGAGCUAUCAAAAUAUGCCAAUGCAAGCUGCUACAGAACUUCUGAACUUCCUUAAAACUUGCAUAUUCUCUGCUGAGUGGCAUCCUUCUCUUUAUGCCGAGGCCUGCAACAAACUUAGUAGUAGAGAGAUUGAUAUUUUGCUUUCCCUACUCAAUUGUCAGGGCUGUGGUUCCGAAGAUAAUAUGUCUGAUAGUUGUACCUUGUUACAUGAAGAUGGGAAGAUUGGGCAUAUCCCUGAUCUGUGCUUUGAUCUUUUAAACAACCUUCUCACUAACCAUGCUUUGAGUGAUUCACUUGAAGACUACCUUGUGGAUAAAAUCCUAACUGUUGAGAAUGGUUCCUUUAGUUAUAAUGAUAGGACCCUGACCCUGCUUGCUCACACAUUGUUUUGUAGGGUUGGUUCUUCUGGUAGUCAGUUAAGAACUAAGAUUUGUAGUGUUUAUGUUGCCUUUGUUGUUGAGAAGGCAAAAACUAUUAGUUCAAAUUGCCCAAGCAUCAAUGAUCUUGUUGGUACUCUUCCCUCGUUGUUUCACAUUGAGGUAGUUCUUAUGGCAUUCCACUUGUCUUCUGAAGAUGAAAAGGCAGUGAUGGCAAAAUUAUUCUUUUCUACCCUCAAAGAAGUUGCUAAUUCAACAUUAGAUUUGAGCAGCACGCUGUUAACAUGUUGGGCUUUAGUAGUUUCAAGGUUGAUCUUAAUUCUUCGUCAUAUGAUAUUUCACCAACAGACUUGUCCAACAUCAUUGCUCAUAGAUGUGCGAUCUAAGUUGAGGGAAGCACCAGUUUCUGGCUCAUUUAUGCCAACUAAAGUUAAUGAUCACAUGUCAUCUUGGUCAUCGGCUGCAUUUAAAAACAUUGCAGGUGGAUUGAUUGGAGAGGAAGCUUUUGUUAGUAGCUUGAUUGGACACCUAAUUGAUAUAUCUGGGUCCUCUGUUUCAGUUGUUAGGGAUGAUUUGGCAAUUGAGAACAUAGCUUUGAAUUGGGAGGAGAUAUAUUUUACAUAUUCUCUGAUUCUGGGGUUUUGGAGAGGUAAAAUAGCCACUGCUGUUGAAGAUCUAAUUGUUGAGAGAUAUGUUUUCUCCCUUUGUUGGGAUAUUCCAUAUGUUGGCUCUGAAGCAGAGCAUCCAAUUAUAUCUUGGGAUCAAGACCACCCAGUGGAUCCAUCUAAUAUGUUGCAUUUUUUCCAUUUCAGCCACUUACUCCUUGGCCAUCCAGAGGGCAUUGGGAAGUUCACUAUCUCUCCAGAUGUUAUAUUGAGUCUGCUUCAGCAUUUAAAUGCUUUGCCCAUACCAGAAGGCAUUGAGCAAUUAGGUUGGUAUUUUCUCAGAAAUGGAAUGUGGCUGUCUCUGGUUCUCUCCUUCACUAAUGUUGGCAUAUGGAGAUAUUGCAUGGACAAUGCUAUUUCUGGACAUGGUCUAACCUGGACUGAGAAUGCUUUGGGGGAUGAGAAAUAUGUUAAACUUGCUGGAAGCAUGGUUUCCUCCAUGAUUGAGACUGGUCAAUUUGUAUCCCUUAUAAGGCUGUUCUCAUCGUUGCUGAACAAGUAUUUACAUGUUUAUCAGAAUGCUUUCCUUGAUAUCCUCAGUAACAAGCAAAAGCAGGCUCCUGGAUUUUCAUCAUUCUUGCUUCUGAAACAUACUGAAAUUGACCAAAGCCUACAGGAUGAGCUCUUGGAGAGGAGUGGUUCCAAUGCAGGUGAGCUGCAGUCUGUUCUUAGCCUCAUAUCAAGGUUGGAUGCGGUUGUUGAUAAAAAAGUUUCUGGAGUUCUUUCUAGAGCUUCUUGGGAGUGCUUAUUGCAUGGUUUUCCUUUUCAUCUCUCUACUCAUAGUGCUACUAUGUUUUCUUGUGUCCUUAGCAUAAGAGGAAUUAUCUGUGUCUUUGAUGGGAUAGUUAGAAUUAAAGAAGUGGGAAGACUUAUUAACUUGGAGACUGAAGUCCUUGGACAAGUUUUUGAUGCAGUAACGAUCAUCAAGUAUGAUAGGAUCUUUGAAAGUGUUCAUGGGAAAUGUGACACUAUCUAUCACAGCUUGAGUGCUGAACUGGAAUUGUCAUGUUAUGAAAACUUAAUUCUAAUGAAGCAAAUGGAAGGGUUUCUGAAGGAUGUCAAUGCUGGAGGAGCAAGUGAUUGCAGUGUUCGUGAAUGGAUAAUCUGCAAAAUUAUUGAGAUAUUAAACAGCCUAAGAAAACACCCUUCAAAGUCUGUUAUAUUUCAUUUUUAUCUUGGUGUUGAAAAUGUGCCAGAGAAGAUGAAUAGGCUUUUGCAGUUGCAUCUUGGUGACUGUUUGGUCCUAAUUGAUUCUCUAGAUUCCUGCUUCUCUGAAUCAGUGAAUGUGAAGGUUCUUGGGUUCUUUGUGGAUCUUUUGUCUGGUGAGCAAUUUCCUGCCCUCAGAUUGAGGAUACAAAGGAGAUUUCUUGACAGAGAGAUAGAUUGUGUAUCUAAGUGGUUGGAGAAGAGGCUUUUAGGAAGCAUAGUGAAAUCAGAUUGUGGGGUGAACUGUGCAAAGGGGAGCUCCAUUUCUCUUAGGGAGUCAACAAUGAAUUUUAUUCUGUGUCUUGUAUCACCACCCUCUGAACAACAAUCAAAAGAAAUGCAAAAUCAUAUUUUUAAUUCUGCACUGCUGUCACUUGACUCCGCUUUUUUGUUGUUUGAUAUACAUGUAGCAAAGUCUUUUUUCAAUUUCAUUGUUCAAAUUUCUAGAGGAGAGUUCUUGAUGAAACAGCUUUUGAUGAGGACUGUAAUGUUGAUGGAGAAACUGGUGGCUAAUGAAAAUCUGCUUCCAGGACUGAAGUUUUUAUUUGGCUUUAUUGAAACUGUCUUGAGUGAUAGUGGAUCUGGUAAAAUUUCCCUGCAAAAGACAACCAAGAAGUGUUCUUCUGGCAAUAGUCUUGGGGUAGGACCUGCUUCUGCUCGCCUGGUUGGAUCUAGAAAAAAUUCCGAGUCAUUUAUCCUUUCUGCCAAUCAAGAAGGGGGGUCAGCCUCUCUUGAAUGUGAUGCAACUUCUGUAGAUGAGGAUGAGGAUGAUGCAACUUCUGAUGGAGAGGUUCUUAGCAUAGAUAAGGACGAUGAAGAGGAUGCUAACAGUGAAAGAGCCCUUGCCUCUAAAGUUUGCACAUUUACUUCCAGUGGCAGCAAUUUCAUGGAGCAGCAUUGGUAUUUCUGCUAUACAUGUGACCUGACUGUAUCAAAAGGUUGCUGCUCAGUCUGUGCCAAGGUUUGUCAUCGGGGCCAUCGUGUUGUCUAUUCACGUUCAAGUCGGUUCUUUUGUGACUGUGGAGCUGGGGGUGUGAGGGGUAGUAAUUGUCAAUGCCUUAAACCUCGGAAAUUUACUGGAGAUAGCAGUGCACCUGUUCGUGGCUCUAAUACUUUCCAGUCAUUUUUACCCUUCCCAGAGGAUGGAGAUCAGCUGCCGGACAGUGAUUCAGAUUUUGAAGAGGAAAUCAGUUCAGAUGCAGAUAAUUCGCUCAGAUUAUGUAUUCCAAAAGAGAUACAAGAAGGCAUUCUAUUGUUGUUGGAAGAACUGGAUAUUGAGAGUCGGGUGCUCAAUCUUUGCUCUUCUUUGCUGCCGUUUAUACUUAGCAGACGAGACUCUCACCAUUCCAAGGAUAAGAGAAUCUGUUUGGGUGAAGACAAGGUGAUUUCUCAUGGCAUUGAUCUCUUGCAAUUGAAAAAAGCAUAUAAAAGUGGAUCAUUUGAUCUCAAGAUAAAGGUUGAUUAUUCAAAUGCCAAAGAACUUAAAUUACAUUUGGCAAGUGGUUCUCUUGUGAAGUCCUUACUCAGUGUGAGUGUACGUGGACGACUUGCUGUUGGUGAAGGUGAUAAAGUUGCUAUAUAUGAUGUUGGACAGUUGAUUGGUCAAGCCACCAUUGCACCUGUGACAACUGACAAGAACAAUGUGAAACCUCUUUCUAAAAAUAUUGUUCGCUUUGAAAUUGUACAACUUGCAUUCAAUCCUGUGGUUGAGAACUAUCUUCUUGUAGCAGGUUAUGAGGAUUGCCAGGUCCUGACAUUAAAUCCUCGUGGUGAAGUGAUUGACCGCCUUGCCAUUGAGCUACCUUUGCAAGGUGCAUAUAUUAGACGGGUGGAUUGGGUUCCAGGGUCACAAGUUCAAUUAAUGGUUGUGACUAACAGAUUUGUUAAGAUAUAUGACCUGUCCUUGGACAAUAUCAGUCCAAUGCACUACUUCACUUUGUCAGAUGACAUGAUUGUGGAUGCAGUUCUUUGUCCAGCGUCCCAAGGAAGAAUGUUUCUUCUUGUUCUUUCAGAAAAUGGAAACAUAUUCAGGUUGGAGUUGUCGAUCAAAGGGAAUGUUGGGGCUGUGCCAUUGAAAGAACUUGUACAACUACAGGGAAAAGAGAUUCAUGCAAAGGGAUCAUCAUUGUACUUCUCUUCAACUUAUAAGCUACUCUUCGUAUCUUUUCAAGAUGGCACCACACUGGUAGGUCGCCCAAGCCCCAAUGCAGCCUCUCUAGUUGAGAUCUCUUCUGUAUAUGAGGAACAAGAAAGUAAGCUGCGGCCUGCUGGGGUACAUCAUUGGAAAGAAUUGCUGGCUGGAAGUGGGUUAUUUGUUUGCUUAUCAACAUUGAAAUCAAAUUCUGCACUUACUGUCUCAAUGGGGGAAUAUGAGAUAAUUGCUCAGUGUAUGCGGCAUUCAGUGGGUUCAACCUCUCCUAUAGUUGGUAUGACUGCAUAUAAACCACUAUCAAAGGAUAAAAUCCACUGUCUUGUCUUGCAUGAUGAUGGUAGCCUUCAAAUAUAUUCUCACGCUCCAGCAGGUGUGGAUGCCAGUGGGAUCGCAGCAUCUGAGAAAGUUAAGAAACUGGGUUCUGGAAUCCUCAAUAAAGCCUAUGCUGGUACAAAUCCUGAAUUUCCUCUUGAUUUCUUUGAGAAGACUGUGUGUAUUACACCAGAUGUGAAGCUGGGUGGUGAUGCUGUCAGAAAUGGAGAUUCUGAAGGAGCUAAACAGAGUUUGGUAAAUGAGGAUGGUUUUCUUGAAAGCCCCAGUCCUUCAGGUUUUAAGAUAUCUGUCUUCAAUUCAAAUCCUGAUAUAGUCAUGGUUGGUUUUCGAGUUCAUGUGGGAAAUACAUCAGCAAGUCACAUACCUUCUAGCAUUUCUAUUUUCCAAAGGGUUGUUAAAUUAGAUGAAGGAAUGAGGUCCUGGUAUGAUAUUCCAUUUACAGUUGCAGAGUCUCUUCUUGCAGAUGAAGAAUUUACAAUCUCAGUUGGGCCAACCUUUAAUGGCUCAACACUCCCCAGAAUAGACUCACUCGAAGUUUAUGGCCGAGCUAAAGAUGAAUUUGGUUGGAAAGAGAAAAUGGAUGCAAUUUUAGAUAUGGAAGCAAGAGUACUUGGUUCAAAUUCAUCACUUGGUGGAUCUGGAAAGAAGCGCCGAUCAAUGCAGUCUGCUCCUAUGCAGGAGCAAGUAAUAGCAGAUGGGCUUAAGCUAAUUACGAAGUUUUAUUCAUCAUGUAGGCAACAGGAUUGUUCAAGGUUUGAGGAAGCCAGAACAGAACUUGGGAAACUCAAGUGCAAGUCAUUACUAGAAACAAUAUUUGAAUGUGACAGGGAACCAAUUCUGCAGGCUUCAGCUAGUUGUGUCUUACAGGCAGUUUUUCCCAAGAAAGAGAUAUACCAUCAAGUCAAGGAUACCAUGCGACUUCUUGGGGUGGUAAAAUCCUCCUCACUACUAUCCUCAAGGCUUGGGCUAGGUGGUACUGCAGGAAGUUGGAUCAUCGAAGAGUUCACCACCCAGAUGCGUGCAGUCUGUAAGAUUGCAUUGCAACGUCGCUCAAAUUUAGCAACAUUUCUGGAGACAAAUGGCUCAGAAGUGGUGGAUGCACUUAUGCAAGUUUUAUGGGGAAUUUUGGACUUUGAACAGCCUGACACACAAACCAUGAACAACAUUGUUAUGUCUGCAGUUGAACUUAUUUAUUGCUAUGCUGAAUGCUUGGACCUACAGGGAAAAGAUGCGGGAGUGCAUUCUGUUGCACCUGCUGUUGUAUUACUCAAGAAGCUUCUCUUUUCGUCCAACGAGGCUGUUCAAACUGCUAGCAGUUUGGCCAUAUCUUCAAGAUUGCUUCAGGUUCCUUUUCCAAAGCAGACCAUGUUGACUACAGAUGAUGCUGUUGAGAGUGUAGUGUCAGUUCCUGGCCCUGCUGACCCAAGUACAGGAAAUAACCAAAUUAUGAUUGAAGAUGACAAUAUCACUUCAUCUGUGCAAUAUUGCUGUGACGGUUGCUCUACAGUACCUAUACUAAGGCGAAGAUGGCAUUGUACUGUUUGUCCUGAUUUUGACUUGUGUGAGGCUUGUUAUGAACUAGAUGCAGAUCGACUUCCUCCACCACAUUCUAGAGAUCAUCCUAUGACGGCGAUACCAAUUGAAGUGGAUUCAGUAGGUGAUGGCAAUGAAUUUCACUUUACAGCUGACGAUGUUAGUGACCAGAACCUGCUGCCUGUACCUGCUGAUAGCAACAUGCAGAAUUCUUCUCCAUCCAUUCAUGUCUUGGAACCUAAUGAUUCUGGGGAUUUUGCUGCUUCAUUAACUGAUCCUAUCUCAAUCUCUGCUUCAAAACGGGCCAUAAAUUCUUUACUUCUUUCUGAGCUUCUUGAACAGUUGAGAGGAUGGAUGGAUACGACCUCUGGAGUUCAGGCAAUCCCUGUUAUGCAGCUUUUCUACAGGUUGUCAUCUGCUGUAGGUGGACCUUUCAUAGACAGCUCAAAGCCAGACAGCUUAGAUUUAGAAAAACUAAUCAAGUGGUUUUUGGAUGAGAUAAAGCUCAACAGGCCAUUUGAAGCCAGAACCCGUUCAUCAUUUGGGGAAGUUGCAAUCCUGGUCUUCAUGUUUUUCACAUUGAUGCUUAGAAACUGGCAUCAGCCUGGUAGUGACAGUUCCAUGCCAAGACAGACUGGAACUUCUGACAUGCAUGAUAAAAACGUAAUCCAUUUUUCAUCAUCCACCUCAGCCAGUUCCAAGACUUCACUAGAUGACCAAGAGAAGACUGACUUUGCAUCACAACUGCUUCGAGCUUGUGAUUCGCUUAGGCAGCAAUCUUUUGUAAACUAUUUAAUGGAUAUACUGCAGCAGCUAGUGUAUGUUUUCAAAUCUCCUGUUAACAAUGAAGGUGUGCAUAGUAAUGCCGGGCCUGGAUGUGGGGCUCUCCUAACAGUCCGUAGAGAUUUACCAGCUGGUAAUUUUUCACCUUUCUUUUCUGAUUCGUAUGCCAAAGUGCAUCGCACAGAUAUCUUUAUGGACUAUCACAGGCUUUUGCUAGAGAAUGCUUUCCGAUUGGUUUACACCCUUGUUCGGCCAGAAAAGCAUGAAAAAACUGGGGAAAAGGAAAAGGUCUACAAGUUAUCAUAUGGUAAGGAUUUAAAGCUUGAUGGUUAUCAAGAUGUUCUCUGCAGCUACAUCAACAAUCCUCACACCAAUUUUGUAAGAAGAUAUGCCAGGAGGCUUUUCCUGCAUCUGUGUGGAAGCAAGUCUCAUUAUUACAGUGUUCGAGACUCUUGGCAAUUCUCUAGUGAAGCCAAGAGACUUUAUAAACACAUAAACAAAUCUGGUGGUUUUCAAAAUAAUCCCAUCCCAUAUGAAAGAAGUGUAAAGAUUGUGAAAUGCCUCUCCACUAUGGCAGAAGUUGCAGCUGCACGGCCUCGGAACUGGCAGAAGUACUGUUUAAGGCAUGGAGAUAUUUUGUCUUUUCUGAUGAAUGGAAUAUUUUAUUUCGGUGAAGAGUCUGUUAUUCAGACUCUUAAACUUCUCAAUUUUGCCUUCUAUACAGGAAAAGAUAUUGGUCACACUACGCAAAAGAUGGAGUCUGGAGACAUAAGUUCAAACAAAUCAAGCAUUGCAUCUCAGGAAUCAAAGAAAAAAAAGAAGGGUGAAGAUGGAGCUGAAUCUGGUUCUGAGAAGUCCUAUUUGGAUAUGGAGGCAGCAGUAGAUGUCUUCACUGACAAGAGUAGCAAUAUUUUGAAACAGUUCAUAGAUUGUUUCCUUCUGGAGUGGAAUUCCAUUACUGUGCGUGCAGAAGCUAAGUUAGUUUUAUAUGGUGUCUGGCAUCAUGCCAAACCAACAUUUAAGGAAACCAUGCUAACAGCACUCUUGCAGAAAGUUAAGUUCCUCCCCAUGUAUGGUCAGAAUAUUGUGGAGUAUACAGAACUUGUUUCAUGGUUGCUUGGAAGAUCCCCUGAUACUAGUUCAAAACACAAGAUUUCUGAACUUGUGGACCAAUGCUUGACACCUGAUGUAAUUAGAUGUAUCUUUGAGACACUCCAUUCACAGAAUGAGCUGUUAGCUAACCAUCCAAAUUCUCGCAUAUAUAAUACUUUGAGUGGCUUAGUGGAAUUUGAUGGAUACUAUCUUGAGAGCGAACCUUGUGUUGCCUGCAGCACUCCUGAAGUACCUUACAGCAGGAUGAAGCUAGAUACUCUGAAAUCUGAAACAAAAUUCACUGACAACCGGAUCAUAGUGAAAUGCACUGGGAGUUACACAAUCCAGACUGUGACGAUGAAUGUUCAUGAUGCCAGAAAGUCAAAAUCAGUGAAGGUUUUGAACCUAUACUACAAUAACAGGCCAGUCACUGACUUAUCAGAGUUGAAAAAUAACUGGUCUUUAUGGAAGCGUGCAAAAAGUUGUCAUCUUGCAUUCAAUCAGACAGAACUUAAAGUUGAAUUUUCCAUUCCAAUUACAGCUUGUAACUUUAUGAUUGAACUGGAUUCAUUCUAUGAAAAUCUUCAGGCAUUGUCUCUUGAACCAUUGCAAUGUCCACGUUGUAGUCGUCCAGUCACAGAUAAACAUGGUAUAUGCAGCAAUUGUCAUGAAAAUGCUUAUCAAUGUAGGCAAUGUCGCAACAUCAAUUAUGAGAAUUUGGAUUCUUUUCUAUGCAAUGAGUGUGGAUACAGUAAAUAUGGGCGGUUUGAGUUUAAUUUCAUGGCAAAGCCAAGUUUUACAUUUGAUAAUAUGGAGAAUGAUGAAGAUAUGAAGAAGGGAUUGGCAGCCAUAGAAUCUGAGUCAGAGAAUGCUCAUAGGAGAUACCAGCAACUUUUGGGCUUUAAAAAGCCCUUGCUUAAGAUUGUAUCAAGCAUUGGUGACAGUGAAAUAGACUCUCAACAGAAGGACUCUGUACAGCAAAUGAUGGUUUCUUUACCUGGUCCCUCAUGUAAGAUCAACAGGAAGAUUGCUCUUCUCGGAGUGCUAUAUGGUGAGAAGUGCAAAGCAGCUUUUGAUUCUGUCAGCAAAAGUGUCCAAACACUGCAAGGGCUACGCAAGGUGUUGAUGAAUUAUCUGCACCAGAAGCAUUCUGAUGCCAGUGUGGCUUCAAGAUUUGUGGUUUCCAGAUCUCCAAAUAAUUGCUAUGGCUGUGCAAAUACAUUUGUAACACAAUGUCUGGAACUAUUGCAGGUGCUAGCAAGGCAUCCAAAUUCUAAGAAACAACUUGUUUCAGCUGGCAUUUUGUCUGAGUUGUUUGAGAAUAACAUUCAUCAAGGUGCUAAAGCUGCCCGUGUCCAAGCGAGGACAGUUCUUUGUUCUUUAUCUGAAGGUGAUGUAAAUGCAGUUACUGAGCUGAACAGUCUGAUACAAAAGAAAGUUUUGUACUGCCUUGAGCAUCAUCGCUCCAUGGACAUUGCAGUGACUACACGUGAGGAGUUGUUAUUACUUUCUGAGGUGUGUUCUUUGGCUGAUGAAUUCUGGGAAUCAAGAUUACGUCUUGUGUUUCAAUUAUUGUUUUCUUCAAUCAAGUUAGGUGCCAAGCAUCCUGCCAUAUCUGAGCAUGUCAUUCUUCCUUGUCUGAGAAUUAUAUCUCAGGCAUGCACACCUCCAAAACCUGAUACACCAGACAAAGAGCAAGGCCUUGGGAAAUCUUCUGCAAAUACAAAGGACGAGAGUAAUCAAAAUGUAUCUGGGUCCUUGACUGCUGCUGUCACUGUCAGUGGAACAAAAACAUUUUCAGACUCAUCAGAAAGAAAUUGGGAUGCCACACCCAAGACACGAGAUAUUCAACUAUUGAGCUAUUCAGAAUGGGAGAGGGGAGCUUCCUAUCUUGAUUUUGUUAGAAGGCAAUAUAAAGUGUCUCAGGCUGUCAAAGUUACUGGCCAGAGGUCACGACCCCAAAGGCAUGAUUACCUGGCACUUAAAUAUGCUCUGAGGUGGAAGCGUCGUGCAGGAAAAGCAGCUAAAAGUGACUUAUCUGUCUUUGAGUUGGGAUCCUGGGUUAAAGAACUUGUUUUGAGUGCUUGUUCCCAAUCCAUUAGAUCAGAGAUGUGCACACUCAUAAGCAUGCUUUGUGCUCAAAGUUCAUCCAGAAGAUUUCGAUUGCUGAACCUAGUUGUUUCUUUGUUACCUGCAACACUUUCUGCUGGUGAGAGUGCUGCAGAGUAUUUUGAGUUGCUAUUCAAGAUGGUAGAUUCAGAGGAGGCUCUUUUAUUUUUGACCAUUCGUGGAUGUCUACGGACAAUUUGUAGUCUAAUUACCCAAGAAGUGAGUAAUGUUGAGUCUUUGGAGAGGAGUCUACACAUUGAUAUAACCCAGGGAUUUAUCCUUCACAAACUCAUAGAGCUUCUUGGUAAAUUUUUGGAGGUUCCAAAUAUUAGAUCAAGAUUCAUGCGAGAUGACUUGCUUUCUGAAAUUCUUGAGGCACUUAUUGUAAUUCGUGGCUUGAUAGUUCAAAAGACAAAGUUGAUAAGUGAUUGCAAUCGGCUCCUUAAAGAUCUGUUAGAUAGUCUGCUGCUGGAAAGCAGCGAGAACAAGCGACAAUUCAUUAGGGCGUGCAUCAAUGGUCUGGAAAUACACGGGGAGGAAAGAAAGGGGCGUGCUUGUCUGUUUAUCUUGGAGCAACUCUGCAAUGUGAUCUGCCCCUCAAAACCAGAGCCUGUAUAUUUGUUGGUCCUGAACAAAGCACAUACGCAGGAAGAGUUCAUAAGGGGAUCAAUGACUAAGAAUCCGUAUUCGAGUGUUGAAAUUGGCCCAUUAAUGCGUGAUGUUAAGAACAAGAUCUGCCAUCAGUUGGAUUUGUUAGGUCUUCUUGAGGAUGACUAUGGAAUGGAAUUGUUAGUUGCUGGCAAUAUUAUCUCUCUUGAUUUGAGCAUUGCACAAGUUUAUGAGCAAGUCUGGAAGAAAUCAAAUCAAUCAUCAAACAUUACUAAUUCCAACUUGUUAUCUCCAAAUGCUGUCAACUCAUCCAGAGAUUGCCCACCCAUGACAGUGACUUAUCGGCUCCAGGGAUUGGAUGGUGAAGCAACUGAGCCUAUGAUUAAAGAGUUGGAGGAAGAUAGAGAGGAGUCUCAGGAUCCAGAGGUUGAGUUUGCCAUAGCAGGUGCUGUUCGUGAGUGUGGUGGACUGGAGAUACUAUUGGAUAUGAUUCAGCGUCUGCGAGAUGAUUUCAAGUCCAAUCAAGAGCAACUGGUUGCAGUUCUUAAUCUUCUUAUGUACUGUUGCAAAAUCAGAGAAAACAGACGAGCUUUGUUGAAGUUAGGAGCUUUAGGUUUGCUUCUUGAGACUGCAAGGCGAGCUUUCUUUGUGGAUGCCAUGGAGCCAGCUGAAGGCAUACUGUUGAUUGUUGAAAGUCUGACUUUAGAAGCAAAUGAAAGUGACAAUAUAAGCAUCACACAAAGUGCCCUCACUGUCACUAGUGAAGAAGCUGGGACAGGUGAACAAGCUAAAAAGAUAGUUCUUAUGUUCUUGGAGAGAUUGUCUCAUCCAUUGGGCCUUAAGAAAUCAAACAAACAGCAGAGGAACACAGAGAUGGUUGCUCGAAUAUUGCCUUACUUGACCUAUGGUGAACCUGCCGCAAUGGAAGCUCUUAUCCAGCAUUUUAGUCCUUACUUGCAAGAUUGGGGUUCAUUUGACCACUUGCAGAAAGAACAUCUGAAUAAUCCAAAGGAUGAUAAUAUUGCUCAGCAAGCUGCAAAGCAGAGGUUCACACUGGAAAAUUUUGUUAGGGUUUCAGAGUCACUCAAGACAAGUUCCUGUGGAGAGAGAUUAAAGGACAUUAUACUAGAGAAGGGUAUAACUAAAACUGCAAUGACACAUUUGAAAGAUAACUUUGCCAAUGCAGGGCAGGCUGGCUUUAAGAACAGUGCUGAGUGGGCACAGGGUUUAACGCUGCCAUCUGUCCCGCUUAUAUUGUCUAUGCUGAGAGGUUUGUCAAUGGGGCAUCUGCUCACUCAAAAGUGUAUUGAUGAGGAAGGUAUCUUACCCUUGUUGCAUGCCUUGGAAGGAGUUUCAGGAGAAAAUGAAAUUGGGGCUAGGGCUGAAAAUUUGUUGGACACGCUAUCUAACAAGGAGGGAAAAGGAGAUGGAUUCUUGGAGGAGAAGGUGUCUAAUCUGCGGCAUGCAACUAAGGAUGAAAUGAGACGCAGGGCUUUGCGAAGGAGAGAGGAAUUGCUUCAGGGGCUUGGAAUGCGUCAAGAACUAUCUUCAGAUGGAGGUGAACGCAUUGUCAUUGCUCGGCCUGUCCUUGAAGGUUUAGAAGAUGUCCAGGAGGAGGAGGAUGGGUUGGCAUGCAUGGUAUGCCGGGAAGGAUACAGUUUAAGACCAGCUGAUUUACUGGGUGUGUACUCUUAUAGUAAGCGUGUGAAUAUUGGUGUUGGUUCUUCGGGAAGUGCUCGUGGAGGAGACUGUGUAUACACCACCGUUAGUUACUUCAAUAUUAUUCAUUUCCAGUGCCAUCAAGAGGCCAAAAGAGCUGAUGCUGCUUUGAAGAAUCCGAAGAAAGAGUGGGAUGGAGCAACACUUAGAAAUAAUGAAUCUCUCUGUAAUUCUUUAUUCCCUGUCAGAGGUCCAUCUGUUCCUCUGGCACAGUAUAUUCGCUAUGUUGACCAGUAUUGGGACAACCUUAAUGCACUUGGACGUGCUGAUGGGAGUAGGCUCCGCCUGCUGACUUAUGACAUUGUUCUGAUGUUAGCUCGGUUUGCAACUGGAGCAUCUUUCAGUGUUGAUUGCCGAGGUGGUGGACGGGAAAGUAAUUCUCGGUUCCUCCCAUUUAUGAUCCAAAUGGCACGCCAUCUCCUUGAUCAAGGCAGCCCAUCCCAGCGUCGAAGCAUGGCCAGAGCUGUAUCAGCAUACAUAUCCUCGUCCUCAUCAGAUGUCAGACCCUCUUCUCCAUCUGGAACCCAACCAACACCGGGGACAGAAGAAACUGUCCAAUUUAUGAUGGUGAACUCAUUUCUCUCGGAGUCUUAUGAGUCUUGGUUGCAGCAUCGCCGUGCUUUUCUGCAGCGCGGAAUUUACCAUGCAUACAUGCAGCAGACACAUUCUCGGUCCACUGUUCGUACACCAUCCGUUUCAGCUCCUUCACAUGGGGUGGACUCUGGAAGUAUGGGCCAAAGUGCUUCAACAGAAACAGGGCAGAAUGGUCUUUUGUCUAUUAUUCGUCCAAUGCUUGUCUAUACAGGCUUGAUUGAGCUGUUACAACAUUUCUUCAAGGUCAAGAAAUCAACAAUUGCAACACCUGUCAGGACUGAAGGGGCUUCAUCUACAAUAGAAAGUGAAGAUGAAAGUGGAAACCUGGAAUGUUGGGAAGUGGUGAUGAAAGAGCGACUCUUUAAUGUGAAAGAGCUCCUCGGAUUCCCCAAGGAGAUGCUGUCAUGGCUUGAUGAGAUUAAUUCUACCAAUGACUUGCAGGAGGCCUUUGACAUUGUUGGGGUUCUAGCUGAGGUGUUGUCCGGUGGGUUCACCCGCUGUGAAGACUUUGUGCAGGCUGCUAUUAAUGCUGGCAAAAGCUGAAGAUUUUGUCUCUCUUUUCAAACAAUGAAAUAUCAACAGCAUUUCAUAUAUUACGAGGGAAUGUAAAACGCUUGGCUACUUUGUUCUUUCGAAUGUAUGAAGCUAAUGGAAAAUUUAAGGGCUGAUAUUGUGAUGGU